AGAGUCGGAUCAAGCAACAGCCAAGUAAUAAAAAGCUACAAGGAUGAAACUUGAUGAUAUUUUGGGAGUUAUUGGAGAGUUUGGUCGCUAUCAAAUAUGGGUUUAUAUCUUGGUUUGUUUUGUGUCAUUACCCGUGGCAUGGCAUCAGAUGGCUCAGGUAUUCAUAGGAAGUAAAAUGAAUCACUGGUGUCAGGUUGCUGGAUGGGAGAACGAGGAUUGCAGUAGAUGGGACUACACGGCGGAACAAUGCAUGGAAGCAAAACGUAACGCUAGUAGUUUACGUCUAAACUACACUGAAGCAGAUGGUAGCAUCUACCAAUGUUCUAAAUAUGCUAUCGCUGAUGAACUGGACUUCCAUCCAGGACUAGAUCCUGAGAAUUAUAACGACACCGAUCUGAUUGGCUGUAACGAUGGUUGGGUAUAUGAUACGUCUCAGUACAAAUCGUCCAUCAUUUCUGAGUUUGACUUGGUGUGCAAUUAUGGAGAUCGUGAUAGUUUAGCACAAUCACUUUUCUUUGCUGGAGUUCUGAUUGGUUCUGCGCUCUACGGCGGACUUUCAGAUAUAUUUGGACGUCGUAAGGUUCUGUUCGUUGCAUUGGUGGUGCAGUUCGCGUGUGGGUUGGCAGUAGCCUUCUCACCCAAUUAUUGGUUUUACACCAUACUUCGGAUAGUCUUGGCUUCAGCAAAUUCGGGUGUUUUUCUACUUGCAUUUGUCAUCGGAACGGAGUUUGUUGGUCCAAGUAAGCGAGUGAUAGCAGGUAUUGUGAUAAUGUUGUUCUUCUCCGUUGGUUACAUGCUUCUAGCUGUUUUUGCUUAUUUUAUUCGUGAUUGGUGGAUCUUACAACUCGUCAUCACUGCGCCUAUUCUUCUCAUGUUUGCUCUCUUCCCGUUUAUUCCCGAGUCUGUUCGAUGGUUGAUUAGUAAGGGACGUACUGAGGAAGCUACUAGGAUCAUCAAGAAAGCAGCAGAUGUGAACAAAGCUAAGUUACCUGAACCAAUAUUCACACAAGAAGACGUCAAGGAACAGGAGACAGCAGCAAGUGGUCCCCAGGCUACAGCACUCGAUCUCUUCCGCACUCCUAACUUGAGGAUUCGAACACUUAAUCUCAUGUUUAAUUGGUUCGUUAACACUAUGGUUUAUUACGGACUAUCCCUGGGCACCUCUGACCUUGGUGUUAAUGUCUACAUUGCUUUCUUCAUAUCUGGCGCUGUCGAGUUUCCUGCCUAUCUUAGUUGUAUAUUUGCUAUUGAAUAUAUUGGACGAAAGUGGAGUAUGUUUGGUUACAUGGUCGGCGGUGGUAUCGCGUGUCUCUUAACCAUUUUCACACCUAUUGGACCAUGGCGUACAACAGUAGCAAUGAUUGGAAAGUUUGGUAUCUCAGCAUCGUUUGCGAUCGUCUAUGUCUUCUCCGCCGAGAUUUUCCCCACGCCUGUCAGGAGUGUAGGUAUUGGAAUAUGUUCAAUGAGUGCUCGUAUUGCCGGGAUCUUAGCCCCUAUCAUACUUCUGUUAGAUAAAACAUGGAAACCCAUUCCUGUUUUGAUCUUUGGAGUGUUGUCGAUAGCUGCCGGUGUUCUUGUCCUCCUCCUUCCCGAGACUCGUGGGGAGCAGCUACCAGAGACGCUAGAAGAAGGCGAACUGCUUGGAACCAAAAAGAAGGAGUACGAGAUAGAGAUGGAGCCCAAGUUUCAAUACAAGAAAGAUGCAGAGAGUGGCGUAGCAAUUCCUGAUCGUCUUACCCGCUAUUGAAAGCAGAAUGAACGUCAUCGAGCAAUCACAAAGAAAAAUCAACUCCAAACAUUGACUAAGUCAAUCGAUGAGGUAUUUGUGAAUAGCCUGGAUAAGAACAUUACACUAAACCCACCCAAUGAUCCAACAACAGAGGUUUUGUCAACUUCAAAAAGACCUCAAAUCAACAACAAACAGAUAGGAGCUUAUUAAGAAAACAGAAACAAAUAAGUGCCGAUGACAAGUUCAAGGCAGACAUACUCGUCGUUAGGGACUUGAUGGUACGCUCCAUCCAACCAAACAAGCUCUCCAAGUCAAAGAGAGUAUUGUAUAAAACAAUACCUGGAGCUAAAAUUGACGACAUCUUCGAAAGAACAAAACAACCCGCCAUCAAGCAUUCUGUCCACAGUGUAAUUCUUCUGUUUCUUCAUUCAAAAGAGGACUAAAAUAUUUAAUAUCUUUAUUUUAUUGAGAUUUCUAAAAAGCUACCAAGGUGUAUUUUUUUAAUAAUAGACCUCUAAUUAUUGCAUUUUAGACAUUCAGGUUUUUUUUAAUUGUAAUGUUUCAUGUAUUUUCUGGCAAUCAUGAAGAAUAUUUUUUAUCAAAAAAUAAGUCAAAAUACCUCCUUCUUGUCGUAUACCAUUUGUUUUUUUACCCUGAUUGAUUUACAGUUUUAAAAAUUACUAGAUGAACGGAUCAUACAACACUUUCACGUUGUACAUGUCUUCAUCUUAACCUAUUGUAACUAAACUACUAAAAUCUGACUAUUCCCAGUCAAGCUUUACUAUAAUAUAAUAGUUCUUGAUUGAAAUAUAUCUCAGCUUCAUUCUCAGUUUAUCUAUUUAAAUCCCUUUAAAAUACAAAUAAAACUAUAUCAGUUCUAGUUGAUGUACAUGUAAAUGGCUACUGAACCUAUAACAUGGCAAUGCUAGCCAAACCCUUUGGAAGUACUUACAUCUUUUGUAUUGUAGUACAUGUACACAUGAAUGUGCUAUUAUAAAAAAUAUGUGUGUUAUAAUUAUUAUAAAUGUUCAAUGUUAUGAGCCUGUCAAGUGUUAGAGCACUCAUUCAUCCAUUGUAAUGUUAUCAUGAUGGUAAAUUGCCAAUUCGUCUAUUGCCAGCU